CCUCCCUCCUCCUCCUCCCACAAGGCACUGCGCGGCGAAGAUGGCGGAGCAGCAACAGCAGCAGCCGGAGCAGGUUAAGCUCGCAGUGCAAGACGACACUCAAGCGUAUGAUGAAGCCAUUAUCGCCCAACAAGAGAAAAUCCAGCAAGAGAUUGCCAUGGCAACACCUCUAGUCUCAGACAAGCACGACAUAUCUGUUCUAAUGAGGGAAUACAAUGAUGAUGAUGAAGUUUACCAAAAAAAGAUCAAGGACUUGUGCAACAAAUACUCUCACAUCAGGAUGACGCGACGGGACGGCAACUGUUUCUACCGUGCCUUUGGCUUUGCGCAUCUCGAGGCACUGAUGGACAACCCGAAAGAUCUUCAAAAGUUUAAGGCUGUUGCAGCAAAAAGUAAAGAUGAGCUGGUGUCGUUGGGUUUUCCUGAAUUCACGAUAGAAGAUUUUCACAGUACGUUCUUGGAUAUCAUCGAGAUGGUAGAGAAGCAGGCCUCUCUCGAGGAUGUGCGUGGAUCCUUCAACGAGCAGAGCACAUCCGACUACGUUGUUGUCUACCUACGCCUUCUUACCUCUGGCUACCUCCAGAAAGAAUCUAUAUUUUUUGAACACUUUGUGGAGGGUGGACGGACUGUUAAGGAGUUCUGCAGCCAGGAGGUUGAGCCGAUGGCGAAGGAGAGCGACCACAUCCACAUCAUUGCACUGGCGCAGGCCCUCGGCGUCUCCAUCCGCGUGGAGUACAUGGACCGGGGAGAAGGCGGUUCUGUCAACCAUCAUGACUUCCCCGAGGGUACAGAGCCCUUUGUCUACCUGCUGUACCGCCCAGGACACUACGACAUCCUUUACAAGUGCUAGACAAGCGUGCGUGUAGCCCCCAUGCGUUGUGUGUGCGCGCGCGUAACAACAUGUGAAAAGUUUUUGUGUGUUGCACGAAUGCCCCAACCUUCAGUUCCAACUUCUGAGCAUUAAGGCAUCCUGGUACUGGUUUUAAAAUGCAUAAUUUUGCAAUUUGUUUGAUCCAUGGUAACAGAUAAAAACAAAUUGAAAGUUUCAUCCCUGGUUUCUUUUUGCCUUGUAUCGUAAGAGGGCGAUUUAACAUCCUGUACAAAUACUGUAAUCACGACAAAACAUGCCGCAUACAUAAAUAUACCAACUUAGAUCUUGCCUGUUGUGCUGCCUUUUUAAUUGCUACUUGCUGUAAAAAUCCCCUUUUCUUGCAAUUCAUGGUGUUUCUGUUUAAUGUGCUUCUGAUGUAAUGUGCUUCAAUGUACAUAACCUACCCUUCAUUGAUAAAGUAAUGCAUACAUUGCACAUUUUCUGAGUUGUAUUUAAGAGUGAUAUUGCCCAAACAGGUAAGAAACAACAGGUUUGCUUUUUGGAAUCUGUCCUCAACAGAUGUUAAUAUUCGUUUAUAAUUAAACCGUUUGCCAUUGCAGUCAUUUUCAUUGAAAUACCUCGACAGUUCACAAUAAAUUAGGGAAAAUUUUCAGCACACUUAUUUAACGUCUUGUGUGUUCUUGAAUUGCCAAGUGUAACUUAUUUUCACAUCUGUACCCCUGAUUAUUUGUUAGCCUUGUAAACAUGUUGCUACAUCUGAGGCAAAUGUGUAAAUAAUGGGGGGGGGGAGGGUGUGCUGGUUGGAUUGAUCACAAUCGUUUAUCCAUGAAAAGCAUCGUUGAGUCUCAAGACUCUUUUUCAGGAGGGUCCUGCCAAGAUUUCUUGUUGGUGAUGUUAUUUAAGUCACAAACAAUGCUUUUUAAUUGGUUUAUGCUUUUGAGAUGGGUUGUAAUUUGAUCAGCUUAACAGCAUUCCAUCUUUAAAAGCAUAUGGUUAAAAUGUGGAAAUAUGGUAAUAAACUGUUACUCUCUGGCUUCUAAAAGCUGACAAAUGGUGCAUUUACAAUUACCGUGUAAUAAAAUGAAUUGAUAUUCUUGAAAAGCAAAGGAAAUAUUGUCUAUGUAACACGUAUUUUAAAAUAUGAGCAUAUACAAAGUUGAACACUUGAGGGUGACUGCUUGGUAAAGUGAACAUUUUUAAACAAAAUAUUGUAAAGUGUUCACACGUCUUCAACUAAAGGUUAUAAUUGAUCCAGGUUUGCCAAAUACAUUUUACAAAACAUUACAACCCCUACAUAAUGGCUCAUUACAGUAGUGUCAUUGUAGAACUGGCCAGAUUUGGUGGAAAAUAUGGGGAGCAUUGGUGUGGACACCGACAAAGGUGCGUGUAAGUGGCCAGGAUGAUUUUGCUCGUUUAAAUGGUUGUAAAAUAUUUCAGUGAUUUUAAUUUUUUUGUUUAAAGAUUUAAUUUAUCAUUAAACCAUCUGUAAAUGAUCGAAUGAGAUCAUCUCUGUAUCCUUCCCAAAACAGAUUGUCACUCAAGCAACAUUAAUGUUCAGAUUAUUUGUACCAACACAUGCUUGUGCAUGGAAAGCACAUCGUCUUAAGCAUCAUUUCAGGCAUCCUGCGUAUUUUUCUUUGUGCUUGGGAUAUCCACCAGCCAACAGUAAUGCUGAAAACAUUGCACAUUUUGUAAAAUAUUGAUCCAGUGGCGUGCUCGUUCCUCGUGCGCGCACGUGUGGUUUAUCUUUGCGCAGCUCAUUUACACGUGGACCGAUCGGUGAUGCAGCAGUUAUGGGUCUUUUUUUCUGUUGGGUUUUUGUUUAGCGGUGUUGGCCAACUUUGCAACCAAAUUCCAUGGUUACCACGCAUUAAAGACUGUUUUCAAUUCAACAUGUACGAUGGAUUCAAGUGUUCUAAUUUAAAUGUGGGUCAGCUGGUCAUUUACCUUAAAAAGCCAACGCCUUUGAAGCUGAAUUCUUAAGCAAUUCUACCUUUCUGUGUCUAUAGUUAAUUUUAUAUUCAGCCUCGUAAGCAAAAUUAAAGGUAUGACAAUAAAGACGAUGCAGACGUUUGAAUUUGCGUGUAAUUGUCCCAAAACGGUUCAAGUUCACAGUCUCCCAAACCAGCCAAGUAUGUUUUGGUUCUUGAGGUAUGAUGGGCAGCUUUAUUUUUCUUCAUACAAGAUAUCUGCACUCUACAAACAGGUUAUACAUUGUCAUAACUUUCAUUUUAUUACGAAGCCUCCAAUAAAAAGUUUCGUUUCUACCAGAA